CUCUGGUUGUGUGUCAGUUGCUACAGACAUAAGCGAAACAAUAACAAUUGGUGUUACUUUCACUAACCCUCUGAGAGAGUGACUGUUACAUGUUCCGUCCAUCAAGCUUUUAAGGAAAUUGGGAAAGGCAUAUAACGUGCUCUGUGCACGUCAGGUUUGACACGAUUUGAAACCCUUUAAAGUUGAAUCUACUUUUUUUCUACAGUAGCUGUGCAGGAGUGGCAAGAGCCUAAAGCAGCUAUUCAUAUCAGAUUUCAACCAAACCAGCUGGGAGAGAGAGAGCGGAGAGAGUGAGCGUAUGUCAUUAUCUUUCCCUUUCCGAUCCAGGAAAGCUUAGGGAGAGAGAAAAUAGAGAAAAUAGAGGGAGAGAGAGAGGGUGAGAGAGGAGGAGAGAGAGGGAUCCAAAGGAAUUUCUAAGGAUAUUUCUUCUGUUGCCGUGAGAAAAAAAGUGUUGGUCAGUUGGGGGCGAGGCGAAGAGCGCGGUCAAGGAUGGACGAGCAGCCUCGGUUGAUGCACUCCCACGGCGUGGGAAUGGCCCGACACCCCGGCAUGGCGCAAAAUAUGCAGGAUGGCACAGGAGGGACGGACGGAGAUGGAAGAAAGCAGGACAUUGGAGACAUAUUACAGCAAAUAAUGACAAUCACAGACCAAAGCCUGGACGAAGCGCAGGCCAGGAAACAUGCACUGAACUGUCACAGGAUGAAACCGGCUCUCUUCAACGUCUUGUGUGAUAUAAAAGAGAAAACAGUGCUCAGUAUCCGUGGCACCCAGGAGGACGAUGCUCCAGAUGCCCAGCUCAUGCGAUUGGACAACAUGCUGCUGGCGGAGGGCGUGUCCGGACCAGAGAAAGGGGGCGGGUCUGCGGCAGCAGCAGCAGCGGCGGCAGCAGCGGGAGGAGGGGUGGGCCAGGACAACUCAACAGAACACUCAGACUACCGGGCCAAGCUGACUCAGAUCCGCGGGAUCUACCACACAGAGCUGGAGAAGUAUGAACAGGCUUGUAACGAGUUCACCACCCAUGUGAUGAACCUGCUGAGGGAGCAGAGUCGCACACGGCCCAUCUCACCCAAAGAGAUAGAACGCAUGGUGGGGAUCAUCCACCGCAAGUUCAGCUCCAUCCAGAUGCAGCUCAAACAGAGCACCUGCGAGGCCGUCAUGAUCCUACGCUCACGCUUCCUCGACGCCAGACGAAAGAGAAGGAACUUCAACAAGCAGGCAACAGAGAUCCUAAAUGAAUAUUUCUACUCCCACCUGUCCAACCCCUACCCCAGUGAGGAGGCCAAGGAAGAGCUGGGCAAGAAAUGCUCCAUCACAGUGUCACAGGUAUCGAACUGGUUUGGAAACAAGAGGAUCCGAUACAAGAAAAACAUUGGCAAGUUCCAAGAGGAAGCCAACAUGUACGCCGCGAAGACAGCUGUCAGUGCAACCAAUGUAUCAGCCCAUGGCAGCCAGGCCAACUCCCCCUCCACCCCCAACUCUGCAGGUUCUGCUGGCUCUUUUAACAUGUCAAACUCCGGAGACUUGUUCAUGAGUGUGCAGGCUCUGAAUGGGGACUCAUACCAGGGGGCUGGGGUAGGGGCCAACGUUCAGUCCCAGGUGGAUACUCUUCGCCAUGUUAUCAGCCAGACAGGAGGCUACAGUGACAGCAUCGCCGCCAGCCAGAUGUACAGUCCACAGGGCAUCAACACAAAUGGUGGAUGGCAGGAUGCUCCGACCCCCUCGUCAGUGACCUCGCCCAUAGGACCUGGAAGUGUUCACUCGGAUACCUCCAACUGAUUAUUUGACCCUCCACACACACCAUCACCACAACCCAACGAUGAACUGGCAGAGCCAAUCACAGUCCUAAACAUAGCGGCAUACUACACAGUGUCCUGUAGAUUUCAGGGGUGCUGUGAAAUCCAUAACUAUAGCAACCUUUCCUCAGCUACAGUACUACGGGACAUUUGAGAUGCAUACAUACAGUAAUAGGAAUUUCAAAGCAAAAAUCAAAAUGAUACAAAAAUUCUUAAUACAAAUGUUUGUACAGAUUUCACAGGAUAUUCAGAGGGCUGGAUUGCUUACUUACCUGUGACGGGUUUACUCAUAUUGAUGAUAUUAAGUGAUACAAUUAAUUUAGACAACCAAACCUGUAUACUUCAAUUCAAAUGCUUAAUUCUACCUCUCAGCGACUAAAAAGUAAACAAAUAUGAAAGAACAUGAUUUGUUUUCUAAAACAUGAACUUUGUCAUUGUAAGGAAGAAGCACUUCGCCAUUCUUUGUUUUGCGGUCCCUCCUCACUGGGCACAUGCUGGUUGAAUCAACGUUGUUUCCACGUCAUUUCAAGGAAAUUACAUUGAACCAAUGUGGAACCGACGUUGAAUUAACAUCUGUGCCCAGUGGGUCGCCUAUUCGAUGGUACGCCAUAUAGGCUUUUAAUGUUGCUCCCCUGUUUACAGUGUGUGCUUGAUGAACUGUGUUCGCUUUACCCUCUCCCACAGGGAAAUAACCAAGAAGACUUAGAACUUGAUUUACUAAAUGUUUUUGUAUUAGUUUCUCCGUAGAGGACUUUUAGGGAAAGCAGGUCAGCCUAGUGAACUCUGAGGACCCUUCACCCUGACUAGCAGGUCUUCAAUCUGGGUGGAAGGCAUUAGAAAAGGAAAACAUGCUGGUAUGAGAAUGCUCAUUGGUGAAUCUAAAGGAUUUAAUGGAAAUUGAGUAGACAAUUGAAUAUACAUUGUAGAUGUGUGUCUUCCUGAUUUAUAAACUUCUGCCCCAUGACCCCUUUGAUAAGAACGCAGGAGAUCUGUGGGCCCACAAGCACUCAUAGGGCUCUGUUCUGAUAUCCAUACUAGCGUGCCACUUAGUCUUGCUAACACCAGGCUCUCCACGUCACAGCACGUGGGUCGCGUGUCAGCCAGGCUACGCACCACUUAGAAUGCAUGCCCAAUACAUGCUUCAUUCUAAGUAUGCUAGUGUGGAUAUUGGGAAAAAGCUACAGAGUAUGUGCUGUUGAUUGUCUGAGGGCCUGAGGAAAGCCUUCCUUUUUAACAACCACCUCAUUGAGUAUCAGUGUCUCAUCAGAGGUAAACGUGUGAAGUUACAGUUAUGUCAUGUGUAAAAGGAGAAAAAAGGAAAUAAACACCUGUCAUCAACAACC